AUGGCAACCGUUGGCGCUAAGGCGUUUCGGAGGCCGCCGCCAGGCCACCCGGCCCCCGGGCGCGGAAUCAAUAUUGAUUCGGCCCCAGGAGGAGGCAGCGGCUCCACUGGGAGCACGCGGCGAGUGGCGAGCGAGGGGCACGCACUUGGAGAGGCCUUCGUGAUCGCCCACGCCGCCCAGCCGGGACCCUCGGAGCCGGUCGGGCCCCCAGCCUGGCUCCGGAACCCUGCCCGGCGCGCACGGGGCUCCGGGUUCGCCCCGUUCCCGUACUGGUCCUCGGACGCCAAUCCCCGCCUCGGACGCGAAAGCCGGUGCCAGCGGCCGCGUCCCUGCGCGGUGCGCCUGGACCGCCCCUCGGACCCGGCCCAGGUCCUCUCCAAGACUGGUGUCCAUCCGGCACUCGCGAUGGACAGGAGGAGCUUUGGGGACCGAUCGGCCGAGAUGAGAGUCUACCUCGGGCUGCCUCGCACAGAUCUGGUUGCAAGUUACUCCCCAGGCGAAGUUCCAAAGCCCACCUGUGCUGGGGCCGUGGCCAGCGGGGCAUUCAGGCCUCUCGAGGCUCCGCCAGCGCGGGGUGCAGUUCCUUGUGGGGUGCGCCCAGCAGCCUCUGCCGGCUUCACCCUCAGUGCCUUGUCCGAGCUCAUGUAA